GACGUCCCCCGCUCCGGCCGCGCCACGAUCCUUCCGCCGACUCACCCCGGCCGAGCAGCUCGAGCGCCGUCGCCAGGGGCUUUGUUAUAACUGCGACGAGCCGUACGUCCCAGGCCAUGUAUGCCCGCGCCUCUUCUACUUGGAGGUGGCCGACUACGUCGAGUUGGACACCACCACCGACGGGCCCGGCGACAUGCCUGGCCCAGUUGCGGUGGACGCCGCCCCGGCGCCCGCGUCGGCGACGGCUCUCGUGGUAUCCCUCCACGCACUCGCGGGCAUCCGAGACGAGCGGACUAUGCUCUUGCCGGUGACGAUCAACGGCGAGCGCCUGGUGACCCUCCUGGAUACGGGGUCCACACAUAACUUCCUGCCCGAGUCGACGAUGCGCCGCCUAGCGCUCCAGCCGACGGGCGGGGAGCUACUCCGGGUCACCGUGGCUAACGGUGACCACCUUCGGUGCCAUGGGAUUGCCCGAGACGUACCUGUCACCAUCGGCGACGAGCACUUCACCAUCACGUGCGCGGGCAUUGACCUGGGCUGCUUCGACUUCAUCCUCGGCGUCGACUUCUUGCGGACCCUCAGCCCCAUUCUCUGGGAUUUCGACGCCAUGGCGGUGACUUUCUGGCGCUUGGGUCGCCGCAUCCAGUGGACGGGCGUGGGUGGCGCCUCUCCAGCGACGCCGCAGCUUCAACUGGCAGCGACUGACACAGGGCCUGGACACCCCCUGUUGGAUCGUCUCUUGCAGCAGCACCACGACCUCUUCGACGAGCCUUAGGGCCUUCCGCCAGCCCGGGCAUAUGACCACCGCAUUCAUCUCCUGCCGGGAUCGGCGCCGGUUGCGGUGCGCCCCUACCGCUACCCCCAGUUGUAGAAGGACGAGCUAGAGCGGUAGUGCGCACUCAUGCUCGCUUUGGGCAUUAUCCGGAUCUCCACAUCGCCGUUUUCGGCACCGGUCCUCCUCGUCCGCAAGUCGGACGACACGUGGCGCUUCUGCAUCGACUACCGUGCCCUGAACGCUCUGACGCUCAAGGACAAAUUUCCUAUCCUAGUCGUCGACGAGCUUUCGGAUGAGCUACAUGGGGCGCGCUUCUUCACCAAGCUCGACCUCUGUUCGGGCUACCACCAGGUGCGGAUGCAUCCGGACGAUGUCGGGAAGACGGCGUUUCGGACUCAUCACGGCCACUUUGAGUUCUUGAUGAUGUCUUUUGGCCUCUCCAACGCCCCGGCAACCUUUCAGGCCUUGAUGAACGACGUCCUCCGCCCCUACUUGCGUCGUUUUGUGCUCGUGUUCUUUGAUGACAUUCUUAUCUACAGCGCUUCUUGGGCAGAGCACCUUCAGCACGUCGCCGUCGUCUUCAACGAGCUUCGAGCGCAUCAUCUUCAUCUUAAGCGCUCGAAGUGCUCAUUCGGCACACCUUCAGUCACCUACCUCGGCCAUGUCAUCUCGGCCGAGGGUGUGGCUAUGGACGCCGACAAGGUGGCGGCGGUCCGGCCUGGCCGACACCCCACUCGUCACGGGCUCUCCGCGGUUUCCUGGGCCUCGCGGGGUACUACUGGAAAUUUAUCCGGGAAUUUGGCCUCAUCGCGUCCCCGCUCACGCGACUGUUACGACACGACGCCUUCGCCUGGGAUGCGGAGGCCACGGAGGCGCUCGAGGCCCUCAAGAAGGCCCUCACGACGGGUCCCGUACUUCAGAUGCCCGAUUUCGACCAGCCAUUCAUGGUGGACUACGACGCCUCCGGUGUGGGGUUCGGCGCCGUCCUUCAUCAGGGAGACGGACCGCUUGCAUUCUUCAGCAGGCCUUUUGCCGCGCGCCAUCAUAAGCUCGCGGCCUAUGAGAGGGAGCUCAUUGGCUUGGUGCAUGUCGUACGCCACUGGCGCCCGUAUCUUUGGGGGAGGUCGUUCCGGAUUCGCAUGGAUCACUACAGCCUCAAAUUCUUAUUGGAUCAAAGGUUUUCCACCAUUCCCCAGCACCAGUGGAUCAGCAAGCUUUUUGGCUUUGACUUCACCGUGGAGUAUCGUCCGGGUCGCCUUAACACCGUGGCCGACACCCUAUCCCGCCGCGACGCCGACCACGCCUCGAACACCGGCGACUCCGACGGGGCAGCUCUCUGCAUCCGCUCGGGGCCCUCCUUCGCCCUCCUUGACGACAUCUGUCGAGCCACCUCCGACGCACCGGACGCUCAACUUCUUCGGCAGCGCCUCACAGCCGGCGACCUGGCCGAGCCGUGGCGCC